GGGGGGGGGUGGGGAGGGGGUUUUCAGAGAGAAUCCCCCCUGGCUCUUCAGCGCUUCCAAUCCGAAGGGCUCGCAAAAUCCCACUGCCGAACUCGAAUUGGGGCUUUCCACUUCGUCUGGUUGCUGUUAGAUGAGCGUCUAGAAGCGUUAUUUUGAGAAUCAUAAGGAGCUCUAGGUUUGCUCGUUUUGCUUUCAAAUGAGCAUCAAGAAAAAGGAAAAGAAGAAGGGAAAAAACUUCUUUCUUUUGAUCAGAAAAAGGCCAUUCCUUUUUAUUAGUUUUUUGAUGCUAAUACAAAUGUCGGAAUUGGAUAAGAUCGUCUCAUUAUAGUUCUUACUCUAUAAACCGAGCAUAGAAUUUGAAAGUGGGUGUUAGUGUUAAAGCACUUGGGCUGUUGGUUUGUAGAUUUUCAUAUCUGAUUAUUAUUAAGUAUUAAGAUGAAGCAGGGUCUCGCACACUUUAAUUUGGAUAUUUUUAUUGAAAAGAAGGUGAUGGAUUUCAGAUGAGGCAUGCUGGCAAUGAUCAUGUUAUAGUAACAUGGUGCUGGAGAACUUGAUGUUUUUUUCUAUAUUGAGUUUGUACUUGAUAACAAAGUGAGCAAUAAAAAAUAGUAUCUGUUCGAGUUCCUUUAAUCAUGUAUUUGAAGGAGGGUUGCUCAUUAUUGUUGAAGGUCCGAAAACCUGUGGUGCCGAUGGCACUCACGUUGAAUUUGAUAUCUGAUCACAAACAAGUAAAGGACAUGAGUGCUCCAAGAUUGAGAGAGAUUGAUGUUGUGAAUAGAAUACGGCAUGAGAGAGACAUUACAGUUGCGCUACAAUAUUUCAAAUCUGUGGCUGAAUCGGAAGUUUUCGGGCACACGGAGCUGACAUAUCAAGCCAUGAUAGAGAAACUAGGGAUGGAAAAUCAGAUGGAUGCCGUUCAGUACCUUUUGCAGCAGAUGAAGCUGGAAGGACUACCUUGUUCUGAAGACAUCGUCGUAGGUGUCAUAAAUUCUUAUGCUCGAAUUGGCUCCACAGAGCAAGCCCUGAAGACAUUUUACCGGAUCCAGGAUCUUGGUUGUAGGCCAACGGUGAGAAUUUAUAACCAUCUUUUGGAUGCUUUGCUUCGAGAGAACAGGUUUAACAUGAUCAAUCCUAUCUAUAGCAACAUGAAGAAAGAUGGUAUAGAGCCCAAUAUGUUCACCUACAAUAUACUUGUCAAAGCUUUGUGCCAGAAUGAUCGGGUGGAUGCUUCCUAUAAACUUCUCAUUGAAAUGUCGAAUAAGGGGCAUUGGCCCGACAAUGUGAGCUACACGACAAUAGUGUCUGCUCUCUGUAGGUUUGGGAAGCUAAAGGAAGCGAGGGAUCUUUUGCUGAGAAUAAGCCCUACUGUGUCUACUUAUAAUGCUUUGAUAAAUGGCAUGUGUGGUGAAUUUAGAAUGGGAGAGGUAUUUUCUUUGCUAGAAGAAAUGGUUAAUAGGGGUAUCAGCCCUAAUGUAAUUACUUACACUACAAUAGUUAAUGCACUUUGCAAGGCAGGCGACUUGAAGCUGUCUCUUGCUGUUUUGGCACAAAUGUUGGUAAGAGGAUGCAGUCCUAAUAUCGUCACUUUUACAUCAUUGAUGAAAGGGUUUUUUGAAGAAGGCAGAGUGCCUGAAGCUCUUGAUUUGUGGAACUGGAUGAUUCAGCAGAGGUGUAUGCCCAAUGUUGUUGCAUUUAAUAUUCUUGUCCAUGGUCAUUGCUUUAAUGGAGAUCUAAAGAAAGCACUAGACGUCUUGGAUGGGAUGGAAAAAAAUGGCUGUCCUCCAAAUGUCAAGACCUAUAGUAGUCUUAUUGAUGGUUUCUCAAAAGUAGGAGACCUGGAAAGUGCUAUUUCAAUCUGGAACAAGAUGAUGAGCAGUGGUUGCAAACCUAAUGUUGUCGUGUAUACUUGCCUGGUGGAUGCUUUUUGCAGGAAGUCCAUGUUCGAUCAUGCUCAUCGUCUUAUUGAGAAUAUGCUCUCUGAAAAUUGUCCUCCAAAUACAGUGACAUUUAACACAUUGAUAAAAGGUCUGUGCGACACUGGAAGAGUAGGCUGGGCCAUGAGUAUAUUAGACGAGAUGAGAAGGCAUGGUUGUCAACCAAACAUCAGGACAUACAAUGAGUUGCUUGAUGGUCUUUGCAGAGGAGGACAGUUUAUGCAAGCCCUCCAAUUAGUGAAUGAGAUAUUGGAAAGUGGGGCUGAGUUGAAUUUAGUAACUUACAACACUAUGAUACAUGGCCUCUGCCAGGUGGGUAGGAUCAAGGAGGCUUUACUAUUUAAAGGAAAGAUGAUAGUUCAGGGGAUUCAACCUGAUUCAGUCACUAUUAAUUCAAUCAUCCAUGCUUACUGUAAGGAAGGUGAAAUUAGGAUUGCUGCUCAACUUUUAGGUGGAAUGGCUGCAGAAAAUUGUUGCCGUGAUGUAAUCACAUAUACUACUCUAAUUUCUGGUCUUUGCAGUCAACAGAGACAAGAAGAUGCUACAGUGUAUCUUCUGAAGAUGUUAAAUGAAGGCAUUGCUCCAAACAUUGCCACUUGGAAUGUUUUGGUGCGUGCUGUUUUUGUGAAGUUGGGGAAUUCCAGGGCAAUUCAGUCAGUGGAUAAUGUUCUGGGUAAAUGCGAAGACUAUAGGAGUAUGGAUAACUGAUGGUUCAUCAUGGAUCACUGAAGAUAUGAACUUUCAAGAUGAGAAUUUGCUGAUGGAAAGUUUCUGAUCUGCCGAAUAUUUCAGGUAGUUCCUAAUGCAUUUUGGUUCAGAUUACAGCUAUUGCUAUUGGCAUGACUUGAUCAUGAUCUGUCACAGUUUCAAAGCACUGCAAUACCCAAGAUCACAGACUUGAAAAUCCUUUUACUUGAAGUUUGUGAUUGACUAAAGAUUUCAUGGUACUCUCCACAGGUGCAGGGUCGUUCGAGCUUUUGAUACAUGAUAGGACCAAAAAGAGAGAAUUCUAUGGCAAGAGGUGGUGUGCACUAACCAGCAAGGAAUCCUGUACUUUAUUUAAAUAAUGGAUUUUAAACCGUGUCUCCUGUUGAGAAGAAUCUUAUCGACUGAAAGCAGUUUUUUCUGCAGCAGUUUGGCUGGUGUUGCCAACCAACAUAUUUUGACUGGGCUGUUGGUCCUGUCGAGAGAGUGGCUCAAUCGAGAGGUGGUAGUAAAACUGUAAAAUAUUUGAUGAUAUUUAUCUUUUAAUUUUCAACCUGGAAUGGUUUAGAAUAAUGAGUUGUCAAUGAAAAGCAAUUGAAUUUAUAGGUCGAUUCCUGUAAUUCCACUUUGGUGUUCUGCCAUGGACAACAUGAGAUACGCCUUUUCUGUCCAGUGGUUCAGAUGAGCCUGUUGUAGGUCAGAAGUGAAGCAUGACAAGCUGAGUGAUGAACUCAUGCAAUUAGUUCAUUCAUUAAAAUGAAAAAUCUUUUAUUU